CAAGCAGCACUCAAGUGUCAUCGGGCACAUGUUCCGUCAGGCUCAUGAAAUGGAUUCAAUCUAUGAAAAUUCAGGUUUCAUACUUUCAACAGUUGCUUCCAGUGAAAAACCUUCUCGAUUCAAUGAUAAUUCCACUGAAGAACAAGAGAGAGAAGUCACUUCCCCAAAGUGGAUUAAAGUUCUUCUGAUUGUUCUGGGUUUUUCUCUUGUUUUUGCUCUCGGAGGUCUCUGUGCUCUGUGGAUGCUUUAUAAUCAAAAGCUUGCUGAUUUUGAGUUACUGAAUAAUCAACACAUCAUGAUUUCAAAGCAACUGUCAGCUCAAGAGAUCAACGGCACAAUUCUGAUUAGAGAGCUAGAGGAAUGUAAAUCCAAUUACACAAGAGUUAGAGAACACUUUCAACUUCAUGAUGUAAUGAAGAAAGAGUACUUCAUUCUUACAGCCAGAUACAACACACUUAGAAAAUGGUUGUCGUUUUACGAUGCUAAGUCUUGUAAUCUCUCUGUGGAUGGCUGGAUAGCUUGUCGUGGAAAGCUGUAUUUAUUCAGCUCAGAUAAACUGAACUGGUCAAGCAGUCGAGAUGUCUGUAUUUCAAAAGGAGCCGAUCUGGUCACCAUAACCAGCCAAUCAGAACAGGAUUUUCUGGUCUCUAAAAUUAAAGAGACGCACUGGAUUGGUCUGAAUGAUCUGGAAACUGAAGGACACUGGGUUUGGGUGAAUAACCAAACUCUCAGUGAAACUGGAGUACAGUUCUGGUUCAGAGAGGGGCCAAGAGAACCUGAUAACUGGAAAAACCAGGAUCCAUCUGGAGAGAACUGUGCUAGUCUGGGAGAUGAGAACGGCAACUUUCAAUCUUGGUUUGAUGCUUCUUGUAAAAAACAGAAAAAGUUUAUUUGUGAAAAGAAAUAUUAAUUUACCUAUAGUGAUACAUAAUGAAACAUCAGUGAUAUAUUGUGUACUGUAUAUGUGCAGAACAAAAUUGGGUUUGGAUUUGCUUACUUUUACCCAACUAAAAAUGCUACUUCUCCUGUUCUGUGUUUUAAUGAAUGAGAUCUGAAGCAGAUUUACCUAAUAAAACAAAAGCUUUUUGUAUUGAUAGCUCACACUUCACUCAUCUUGCAAUCAGUUUUAACAUCAAUAUGACAUGCAAUUCUGUAAUUAAAUGCUUUAAUAUCAUCUGUGAAACUGAAGAAGCUGACAGUUAAAAUAAAUGUAUAGUCAAUAUCUGUUUUGUGCACACAUCUAAAUAUAUAAUGUGUGCUAUAGAUAAAUGAACAAUGUAAAUGUGUGCUUCAGCUAUUUCAAGUCACAGUAGGUAACUGUGAAAAAUUCAACAAAUUAAUCACUGCUAAUUUGAUUUAGUAUGUUUACAACAUGCAGUUUUUGCCAGUUCAGUUUUUUUCUCUACAGGAGAUCACUAAAU